AUGAAGGUCAUCAUCACUGGCGCCACUGGCUUCGUCGGUAGUGCCGUUGUGCGUCAAUGCAUUGCCAAUGACGCCAUCACAAGCGCCCUGAUUCUGACGCGGAAACCGUUACCAAGCGACAUCUCUGACAAUCCCAAAAUCACUGUUAUUAUUCACGAAGAUUUCGAAAGCUAUCCGCCAGAACUCAUGGCACAGCUCAGGGGUGCAGAGGGCUGCAUAUGGACAGUUGGAGGGCCAGCGUACCGUUUCCCUGAUGUGGCAACCUGCAAAAAGGUGCAUGACUUUGCGCUUGUUGCCGCGAAUGCCUUUGCGGACAACUUAGCCCCCGCGCUGAACGGAAAGAAGUUCAAGUUUGUCUUUUGUAGUGGGAUGGGGGCGGAAUGGGAUCAAACGAAGCCAUUGUGGUUCCUGAAGGAUACCCGACGGAUUAAGGGUUAUGUUGAGAAGCAGCUGGCUGCCAUUGCGGACGAUGAAAGGGGCGUAUUCGCGGUCUCGUGCAUUCGGCCAGGCGGGGUCUUAUCCUCCACAGCAAAUGUAGUGGAGAAGCUGUCCGCAGCGAUAAUUCCCUGCAUUGAAGAUGACCAUCUCGCGAGGGCUAUGGUCAAGGUCCUUCUUGACGAAAAUUCUGGGCGAAUCAUCGAGAAUGCCGAGUUGCUGAGGAUGUGA